AUGCCUGGCUUCGACUUCUCAAACUACAACCGCAAUGCGGCACUCCAUGCCCGAGGCGUCCCCCUCCCCAAGGCGACAAGCACAGGUACUACCAUCGUGGGAUGCAUAUUUGACGGCGGUGUGGUGAUCGCAGCCGACACAAGAGCAACCUCAGGCCCUAUCGUAGCCGACAAGAACUGCGAAAAGCUGCACUAUAUUGCCCCUCAGAUCUGGUGCGCAGGUGCCGGAACCGCCGCUGAUACCGAGUUCACUACGGCAAUCAUCUCCUCCAACCUCGAGCUGCAUGCCCUGUCAACAGGCCGCAAGCCCCGCGUUGUCACUUGCAUGACCAUGCUCAAGCAGCAUCUUUUCCAGUACCAAGGCCAUAUUGGUGCCUACCUCGUCGUCGCUGGCGUCGACCCCACGGGAACCCACCUCUUCACUGUCCACGCCCACGGCUCUACCGACAAGCUCCCCUAUGUCACGAUGGGUUCCGGCUCCCUCGCCGCCAUGUCCGUCUUUGAAACUCAAUGGAAGCCUCAACUGAACCAGGAGGAGGCCGUCAAACUAGCCAGCGACGCCAUCCAGGCCGGUAUCUUUAACGACCUGGGCUCCGGAAGCAACGUUGACGUUGCCAUCAUUACAAAGGACAAGACGACGCUCAAGCGUGGCUUCGUCAAGCCCAACGAGCGCAGCGCCAAGCUGAAGAGUUACGCCUUCCCCAAGGGCACCACCGCUGUCCUUAACGAGAAGAUCAUCAAGAAGAACGAGAUUGGUCGCUACGUGAGUGUAACGGAAGUGCCGGCUGGCGAGGAGAUGGAGGUUGAUACUUAA